GGCCACAUAAUGCUUAUUAUUUCACCGCUGCUUGUAUUUCUGGUGCUCGGCACUGCUGUGCCCAGUGCUUGGAGCAAACUCCAUUUUAAAUUUCGCGGUUUACCCUACUUUGAUUCAUUACCCGUGCUUAAAUCACGACACCACUCGAUGGCUUUAUGUUGCAAUUCGCCCGCGCCGCGUCAAGUGAUCGAUCCAAUGAUCAGUCAACGUCAACCACUGUAUUUUACUGAAACAGACAUCGAGGUCGACGCCAAGCUGAGCACGGUGGAGUUAAUUUUGAAGUACGGCUUUCCGGCUGAGACACAUUACGUCGACACAACUGACGGCUACAAGCUCUGUAUGCAUCGAAUUCCAAGGCAAGGAGCCCGGCCCGUUCUCCUUGUCCACGGACUGAUGUCCAGCUCAGCCUCCUGGGUACAGCUCGGACCGAACAGCGGCCUGGCCUACCUCCUCUAUCUCAAGGGCUACGACGUCUGGAUGCUCAAUACCAGGGGCAACAUCUACUCGCGCGAUCACGUGAACAGAAACCUGCCCGACUCGCAAUACUGGGACUUCUCGUACCACGAGAUCGGGACCUACGAUCUGCCGGCUUCCGUGGAUGCAAUCAUCGAUAAAACAGGGCAGCAACAGAUUCAGUACAUCGGGCACUCGCAGGGUUCUACGGCCUUUUUUGUGAUGUGCAGCGAGAGGGCGGAGUACGCCAAAAAGGUGAGCCUCAUGCAGUCGCUGUCCCCAACGGUCUACCUGAGAGAAAACCGCAGUCCAGUGCUCAAAUUCCUGGGUCUCUUCAGGGGUGGGUUUACGAUGCUGAUCCAACUUCUGGGAGGCUUCCAGGUCUCGCUGCAUACGCCGCUUAUCCAACAAUUUAAUAAGCACAUCUGCUCGUUGUCCGAAAGUACCAGUCGCAUUUGUGCCAUCUUUGAAUAUAUAAUUUGUGGCUUUAACUGGCACGGCUUCAAUCAGACCCUUGUCCCAAUUAUAGUGGGCCACUCCUCGCAGGGCGCCUCCGCCAAGCAGAUCCUCCAUUAUGCCCAGCAGCAGGGCCAGAUGGCGUUCCAGCGCUAUGACUACGGCGGCGUCUUAAAUCUCCUCCGCUACAAAUCCCUUUUACCGCCCUUGUACAACCUAUCGCUGGCGCAAAGCAAUGUCCACCUGUACUACGGCGCCGGCGACUGGCUGGGAUCUAGUAAAGAUGCCUCCCAGCUGCAGAAUUUCCUGCCCAAUUGUAUCGGGAACACCAAGAUAGCGUCCGAUAGCUUCUCCCACUUCGACUUCACGAUCUCCAUGGACGUCCGUACCCUCGUCUACGAUCAGGUCAUUAACCAGUGCGAACGCUACUAGUUGUAAGAAUACUUACUUUACUUGCACUACUAAGACUUUGAAUCUAAUUGCUUCUGAUGAGCAACAUUAAUAAAUCAAUACAUUAAUUCGCUAAAUAAA